AUGCAGAAGGACGAGGCGAAGAUGUCGCGCUCGCUGCCGGGCGGCUGGCUGGAGAGCGGCCACGGGGCCGUGGUGGUGUUCGUCAAGGACUUCCGCGACCCGCUGGAGCGCCGCAAGAAGCUCAUGCUGCGGCCGUGGGCCAGCAUCAAGGACGUCAAGGACCAGCUGCAGGUCGUUUUCAACGUGCCGUCCAACGCGCAGAAGCUCUUCUACCAGGGACGCGAGCUCAAGAACGCGCACAACCUGCAGCAGUGCGGCAUCUACCAGGACAACGCCGUGGUGGACUUUGUGGCGCGGAGGCCGCAGAACCUCGCGAUGACCUACACGCGCGAGUGCGACGACGAGCGCGGGAGCAAUGCGAGCAGCGGCAGGAACAGCGGUGAAGGCAGCGGAGCGAAGAGCGCCGUGUCUGCUCGAGUGAACGGCAAGACGUCCCAGAACCUGCGCCCCGAGCAGAUGCCCGUCGUGAACAUCCACCCUUACGGCGCGCAUCUGCUGCCCGUGGCGCUGAUGAAGAUCACGCAUCAGGCGCUACAAGGUCUCGCACUCGGACUUGCACCGGUGCUGGCUAUGGAUGGUACCGGCGGUACGUAUUUUUUCAAGGACCCGUCCCACCGAAACGUGGGGUGCUUCAAGCCUCAGGACGAGGAGCCGUUCGGGCCUAACAAUCCGCGCGGACUUGUGGGUCAAUUGGGCCAGAGUGGGCUUCGAAGAGGAAUUCUGUCGGGAGAAGCAUGUGAACGCGAGCUGGCCGCGUACCUGCUGGACAAGGACCACUUUGCGGGAGUUCCAGCUACGUCUCUCGUGGAGUCGCGACAUCCUGUGUUUAACUAUGCUGGUAGUGCGGGCGCGUUGCAUUUCAAGGUUGGAUCACUGCAGGAGUUUGUCCGACACGAUGACGUGGUGAGCGACUUGGCUCCUAACCAGUUCUCGACCCACCAAGUGCACAAGAUUGUGCUUCUGGACAUGCGGCUCUUGAACACAGACCGCAACGACGCCAAUAUUCUCGUACGCAAACGGCGGUCGCCGACUACAGGGCACGCAGAGUACGAGUUAAUACCGAUUGACCAUGGUUACUGCUUACCGCAGUUCCUGGAGAUUGCUUGGUGCGACUGGUGCUGGUACAAUUGGCCGCAGCUUCAGAAGCCACUGAGCGCAGAGGACCGGGCUUAUGUGCUGUCACUAUCUGCCCAGGAAGACGCGGAUCGGUUGGCGAGAAGAAUUCCUUUGCGACGCGCAUGUCGGCGAAACAUGAUUAUCGCGAGCAUGGUGCUGCAGAAGGGUGUACGCGCCGACCUGGUACUCUACGAGAUUGCUCGGAUCAUGUGUCGUGAAGAUCUGGACACGCCCUCCAUCUUAGAGCAGCUGUGCAUCGAGGCUUUCCAUCAGCUGCAGGUUGUGAAGCAGCGCAAGCAAAAUGACGCUCUCUUCCAGCACGCCCAUUUGCAGCCAACGAUCACACCAGUCAUCAAGGCGAACGAGUCCAUUGCAGCAGAAGAAGGACAAGGCACUGCACCGAUCGCAAUACCAUCGUCUCCUCGAGCGGCAUUCCGAAAUUUGCGCGUGUCAAUCGGCCCUCCUUCACUUCAGGAAUCUUCUGCAUUCGGGCGCUCUCCUGUUGGAAGUGGUGCACGAUCUCCGCCUGGAUUCUGGGCAAGUUACGCUCCGUUCAGCUCAGAUGAAGAAGAUGAAGAUUGUCCGAAGUUCCCCACUUCGAAUGGCAUGGGGAGACAUUCAGAGCUAAAUGGGGGCGACAAGCCGCGCUUCUCACUGAAUUGGGACGAUAUGGCAUCAAGCGCUCUAUCGGAUUCUGUCCAACACGUAGAGAAUGGAUACACCGGGUCGAUCGCUACUCCCGUGAGUGCGCCCUCCAAUGGCCACAAGGCUUCGAUGGAGCACAACGGUGCUCGAUCUCCUACAUCCUCCUUCAUCGGAGCCGAAGACGGCAAGGACGAGUUUGAAGUCCUGAAUGAUGCACUGGAUGAUGACGUGCAAGACGAGAAUCUCUUCCUGAGCAUCUUGGGCCGCUUGCUUGACGAGAAGGUUGAGGCGGCGAAGAGACGGCAAUUAGAGGAGCAGAAGCGGAGGCAGCAUGCCGAAUGCCACAGCCGCGACAGAUUAGCAGACAAAAUCCCCGUCCGGGACUAA